GAUUAUCGAGAUAAAUAGUCUGUCAUGCAGUUUAUCUGAUAAUGCAUAUAAUGGAUUUAUGUGAAGGAUUUAUAAGAAUGUGACUAUAAGAAAUUAAUAUAGUCUUAUCACAAUCGCCAUAAAGUUUGUUUACAUUGUUCUAAUAUUUAUCGCUCGGACUACUUUAGCCGAGUUAAGAAAUUGGUGAGAGAGUAUAUAAUAAUAACUUUAUAUAAUAUUUUCCAUCGAUUCAUUAUUAGGUAUAUCUAUUAGGAAUAUCUAUGAUAAAAUGUGAUUUAAAAAAAAUGUUAUUUUGAUUGAUGAUUGUCGAGAUAAAUAGUCUGUCAUACAGUUUAUCUGAUAAUGCAUAUAUUGGAUUUAUGUGAAGGAUUUAUAAGAACGAUGCGACUAUAAGAAAUUAAUAUAGUCUUGUCACAAUCGCCAUGAAGUUUGUUUACAUUGUUCUAAUAUUUAUCGCUCGGACUACUUUAGCCGAGUUAGAAAAUUGGGAGAUUAUCGAAUUCGAAACUCGGAAUGUUAAUUUGAACGAGCUUACGGAUCGUUCCAUUCCUUUUAUUGCGAAAUUUAUCAAAAAAAGUGACCUGGAUCCACUCAAACUUCCAAAUGCCAAACAAAAAUUAUGGACGCAAAAUGCGAAUCUUCCAGACACAAAGACAUACAAAGUCGAUCUCAUUUUGGAGUCGGGAAUCUUGAAAGGUUUGUCGAAUUUGGAGCGUCACAAUAAUGCUACCUUAAGUUACGCAGACAGGAUAUUAAAGUUGGACAUUGGUUUCGAAUUCAAACUUUUACAGGCGACUUAUGAUUACAUCGUAAACCUGGGCUUUACAAAACUUAAGGGUCGCGUUAAAGCUUCAGCGGACAAUGUACGCGCUAUAAUUAAUAUUACAUUUAACACCACAGAUUAUAUCAUCGCCCUCAAGAAACUCGACUUACAAGUUCCUAGUCGCAUUAAAGUGACAGUCGAAAAUAAGAACGGAUCGGUGAAUUGGGUAAACACAGCUAUCGUCAAUAUUAUAUCUCCGUUCUUCAAGAAUACGAUUAUGACCGCCGUACGAGAAGAAGCUACGAAUGUGAUUCGAACGUACUUGAAUGAAAUAAAUCGUAAAUAUGCUCCGCGUAAAAAGUUGAUUUAUACUUUACAAUAUCAUUUAUUGAAGGAAAGUUUAAAUAAACCGUUUAAUUUAAUGUUCUAAUAUAA